AUGGAAAAUUUUCGGAAUUUACCAUCUGAAGACGAUGAAGAGGAAGAUUCAGUAAUAAUAAUUUGCAAAGUACUAGAGAUACAACAUCGUCGAAGAUUUGUUUAUGCGAUCUUGACAGACUAUUAUAAUAUACAAUUCUUUAAGGUGAAACGCCAGAAAGAGAAUAAUUUGCAUUUUAUUUAUACUUAUACCACAAGUGAAUCCCUUUAUUUUGAGAUUGAAGAACCUCCUCUUUGGCAACGGUUAGUCUCGUUUCUUUGCCAAAUACCUUCAGAAUUGGGAUGGCUUGAAUCAGAAUUAAAAAUUGAUGACGUUCGAAUCCGUUUAGAACGGUAUCUUGGAGUUAGAAGAACUGGAGUUGUAUAUGAAGGACUUUACGAUGAUGAGCCUGUUGCUGUAAAGAUUGUGAUGCAGAUAUGUUUUGAAAGUUAUAAAAAACAGCAGCCUUUAAGAUAUCAAACUCAAUUUGAUUUAAUAAGUUUUGUUAGGACAUUUUAUAUGAAAUUGCAUAGGAACGAUGGGAUUGCAAAGUUAGAUUUUGGUCAAGAAGAGAACAAUCAUAGGAGAAAACACAUGUAG